AUGGCAGGUGCAUUAUGCAAAUGGGUGCGCACCUGUCCUCGGCUACAUACUCCAUCGUCGGUAUGUGGUGGAAUUGCACAAUUUAUCAGUCAAAAGCGAACAAUUGUUGAAAAGAGUAAAUUAAAACUUGAUCCAGAUACUUAUCCAGAGCCAUGGCCUUAUAAGAAGAAGGGAUACCGAUGGCAGCACGUUGUUAUUGAUCGGACGCUAAAAAGAUUUCAUGAAAAUUCGAAAUUGAUAGUGGUUGAAGGGAAUAUUGGUUCGAAGAAGUCGGAUAUGGCUCGAUCACUUGCAGAUCGAUUAGGUUUUUAUUUUAUUCCGGAAUUUCAAAUGGAUGAGAUUCUAAUAGAUCGUUUUGGCAACGAUUAUAGAAAUUACUAUCAUUUGUUUCCAAAAUCCUUCCGUAUGUUUGACAUGAAUAUGUUCUACAAGGACCCUUACAGCGACCAGACAGCAAAAAUGCGUGAUCGCAUUCUUAGAUGCAAAUUUGAUCAAUAUUUGAACGCUAUAGCACAUAUUAUGAAUACUGGUCAAGGUGUUGUUUUGGAACGUACUCCGCACACUGAUUUCAUUUUCGCCAACGUAUGUCGAGUUAAAAAUUAUAUUGGACCAGAAUAUUUCGCCUACUAUUACAUCGAACGCAAGACGAUGAUGCCAAAUUGCAAAUUCUGGCCACAUUUGGUCAUUUAUUUAGAUGUGCCGGUAGAUAAAUGCCUAGAGAAUAUCCGUCAGCAGGGCAAUGCAAACAAGAUAGCGGUUGUAGAUCGAAUCUAUUUGCAAACAAUCGAGGAUUCAUAUAAAGAUGCUUUGAAAGAAUUUAGAAAGCAUUCCGAAAUUUUGGUUUACGACUGGACGACACCUGGAAAUGUAGAUAACAUUGUAGAAGAUAUUGAAGAUAUGGAUUUUGACUUCUUUGAACAUCACAGAAACGACGUUUUUGGAACUUGGGAACGCGGAAAAAACGAAAUGGAUUACUCCAUUACACGAAAUUUUGUAACGGACAAAAGAGAAGCACAUGCAUCUGCAUUUAUGGGCCUUCCUGAACAUGAAUGUGGCGAAUUAUAUCAGAGCCCUCGGGAAGUUGGUCGCUACAUUCAGUGUAUUCAUAAUGAGAUUAUAAAAACACCAUAUGUUUAUUCAGCAAUCAGAAAUAACGGUGAUAAGUUUGGAUGGUUCAGUAAAGUAAGCACAUUCACAAAAGGAGAACCAUGGUUUGAGUAUUAUUACAAGGAUGCUUAUCUGGAAGAUCUUGUUGGUGUCCAAGAAGUAAUUUCCGAUCCAACACAUCAGAGUUAUUACAAUCAGAUUCAUGAUGAUCACUAA